AAGAAAUAUAUCGCUCGAGGUGAUAUACAUUCGCGAUCUAGAAACAUGGCGUUAGAUAUUUAACCUGUAGACGGUUCAUUCUAAGUCGUUUUUGAUUGAACAGGACUUGAUAUUGAUUCAAGAAUUUUAGCUUUCACGAGCGCGGGGCCUGUAUAAGCCUAUAUUUUGAAGGUUGUUGUCAACAACCCAGUGCCCGCGGUAUCAAAACAACCCAGCUGAGAAGGUAUUGUGUGUUAGAGGUAGUCUUGAGAGGAGUGCAUUUGGUUAAGGAAAAUCUCGCAAGUUUAUACUUGGGAUACGGGUAAAUUUACAAUACAAGAGGGACACAAUGACCUCAACUAAGACCCGAGGCAGACUGGCCUCCAUCACCGAGAACCCCCGGUUGGGCAGACGACGGUCCAGCUACCGGACAAUAUUGGAAGGCACCACCCUCCUGGCAGAGGAAGCCAUCAAUCUAACCGUCUACCUCAGCAGACGAUCCGUGCCGUGUAGGCUCGUUUGGCUUUAUCUUCUGCAGACGAAAACUGCCUUUAAUCUGGUUGACACAGAUGAUGGUGUGGCAGAGGCCAUGAACAGUGUUAGUGAUGUCAAUCCAAAUGGCACAAUCCCUUGUCUUGAAGACGGAGAUGUGGUGGUCUUUGAUUGUCCAGCCAUGAUCUUCUACCUGGCUGAGAAGUACACAGGGCAUGCCGAGAUGGGUCCUACACGUAAGAUAAGAGCCAAGGCAGAGGCCAUCAUGUGUUGGGCAAGUUCGACAUUGCUAAGAAAUAUUCACCACGACUUCAUCAGUACAAAAGUUGGCAAACAAGAAUUUGAUGACCCAGAAGUCAACACUGAACUAGGAAAAUUAGUCGAAGAGGAUGUAGUACACCACCUUGAGACGUUAGAGAAAAUAUAUUUGAAGACAAAUCCUUAUCUGCUGGGGGCAGAUCCUCUUUUUGUGGACAGUUACAUUGCCAUGAUCAUUACACUGCUCGACUUAGCCAGUUUCAAUAUGAAACCAUACCCAAAAGUAAAACAGUGGAUCGACCGAGUAAAAAAACAUAAUGGUGAUAACUGGGAAGAUGUGUGUGAAGUACACAAUCUACAAGUCAUCCAGAGGGGAAGUAGGAGAGCUUCAUUCAUGUGA